UUAUGUUUCACAGGGAAGGAAGUAAGGAAAUGGAUCUUGUUUAAGUUGUUAUAUGAUACCCUUUCAUGUAUGUCCGGUGUUUUAUUAUGAAGUAAAAUGACAAAACGAAAUAUGGCAGAUAGAAAGAUUUUACAGCUGCUGUACCUGUUAUACGAUUUGUGUAAAGACAGUUUGGAAGAAUUCUUCAAAUUCAACUGUUUAAACGGUGAUCCAUCAGAUGACAAAUUAGCAAAAUAUGUGACGGAUCACAAAGAUCAACUUUAUCAUCAUUUGAAAUAUUCCUGCUGUCACACCUGAACUGCAUCUAACAAUCAUAAUAGCUGCGCAAAAAGUACCAAAAAAUUAUUUCAAUGUUUGUUUACAUUUCCUGAAGCAUUUUCAGUUUCCGACAUUUACAACGCUUCUUUGAAGGAAGUUAAAUUAAACAGUCUAGAUAUAUGGACUGUGCAGUAUUUGUUAUUAGCUGACAACUUAGAGCCUGAACAACAUCAAUGGAUCCGGAAGUUAUACGAAAAAAGGCAAGAUGUUUCUGUUUAUUUUGACACUAUCAGUGAUGACAAUUUUAAUAGUAUAUGGAUUGAAACAAGAGAAAUAAUUCUAAACAUCCUACGAUUGUUAAAAAACCGACAGUAUGAAAAAGCUGUUGUAAAGCAGUUAUCACUUUUGAAAGUGACUGGUCCAGAUUUCUGUGGAAAUGCGGCAUAUUGGUGUAUGAUGCAAGAAGAGUUCAAUGUAGAAUUAAGACCUCACCUUUACAGUACUUUGCCUGCGCCAGUUAUUAAACAUGAUACUGAAAUGGACGAGACUUUAAAUAAUAAUAAACAGAAAGCAACGGUCGUCAAUGUGCAAACUGGUCAUUUAGUUAUCGGAUAUAAUAACGUAAUAAACAGCAUUUUGGAUCCGGAUGUCAAACAAGAAAUUAAAGAAUUGAUGGACGGUCAUCAGCGAGUUCAGCUAGAGAAAAUUGAACAGAUGUGUGUGGUUACAUAUUUCAAACAAGUGACAGAGACAGAAGAUAAAACAUUUCUAACUGAUAGACACAAUAAUGGUAUGGAUACAGGCCAAGGGGCAAGAUCAAGUUCGUGUAAAACAAAAGAGCAUAAAGAUUACUUCGUUGAAUGGAAAAUAAAAACAUCCGACGACACAGACAAAGAGGAACUGGAGAGAAUAGCCAAAUAUAUAGAGCAAGAAAGAGUGAUCGAUGAAAAUGUUAAGAUAAAAUUUGUUCGCGUUGGUUCAAUCGUAAUUGGAACGUUGAUUUCCGCCAAUGUUGUAGAAAACUCAGAUAUAUUUAUUCAAACAGUUCGACGGUUUAUACGGAUGAUAAUCAACAAGUGUAAUUUUAACACUAAAUUUGAACACGUUGUAGAAGUUGAUGUUACUUUGAAGCCAUCGUCAGAAUGUACUAAAUUAUCGAUUAACAAAGUAGGAUAUGAAAUUCCGACCCCAUUUACUAAAGUCAUGAAAAGUCACGAAAUAUCUACACAGACAAAUGAUUCGGAAAUCCAGUUGGUAAAAACUGAGAGUGCGUAUGUGAAGAUGUUUUCAAAUCCAUCGGCUGUAAAGGAAUCCAUGAUGUCUUUAAAAGUUGAUUCAUUUGGAAACCGAACUUUUUAUGAAAAAGUAGACGAAACGGAAAUUUUAUAUGCGGAAUUUCCUUUUGUCAAAAUAAAAGCCAUAACCAAUUAUACUCAUACUGUUGAUAAACAACAAGUUGCCAUGAUGAAGAAAGAUCAGAUUUACUCCUUGAUAAAACAAGUGGGUGAUUGGUGGGAGAUUACUGAUAAUCCAGGACCAUCGUUCUUUGUGAAGUCGGAGUAUGCUGUGAUAACUACUCCGGGAAAUGUUUUAUCGCCUGUUCGAAAACUAAGUACUAGGCAUGCCUUGUCGUCUACAGCAGUUCAAAAGCAUCAUGCAGGUGCUUUUGAGCUAUUGGGUGGAGCCGAUUCCAAAAUCCCAGAAUCUAGUGGAGAACAAGUUAGGCAUCAUGAGCAUGAACCUCUUAGGAAAACAAUCUCUGAAGCUUUACCCCAACACUCUCAAAAGUUAAAGCGAAAAACAGCAGUCUACUAUGCAGAAAAUCAAGACAGUUCUGAUAUCGCAUUAACGCCAUCGCAGAAGAUAAAAGCAUUCAGAGAAAAGAGGGUUAUGUCCAUUCCAAGCCUAGACACACAUUCUGAUCCAUGUCCAGAAGAGGAAGCCACAACGGAAAAUUUCAAUUCUUUAUAAUCUAAUACAAACACCAAUUAAUCAAUCCAGCAUUUGACUUAUAACAAGGAACAUUUUGAUAUAUAAUCAUUGAGUUUGACAUCAUUACAAAUUUUGAAACAACUGAGGUGAAUCAAUAUACAAAAACCGUAAAGAAAUUAAAACGUAGUAAACUAUUCACUAUAAAUAUUUGUAUAUUGCAUACUUCAUAGUGAGAUAUUAAAAAUGUAUUGCUUUAUGUCGACAAUAUGUUGCGAAUAUACAAUAAAAAAAAAACGUAGGGGUUAACGUCAGUGAGGAAGCAAUCUAACGAAAUGAGAAACCAAACGACACUUUCAUGUCAACAUACAAUGUAGAGCCUUUAUCCUGAUCAUGAUCCGGGUGUUGCAAUUCGAUAAUAUAAGUACAGAAGAACAUAUCCGUUGCUUUUUUUUACAUUUACUUUAAUGAAAUGGUCAUUUCAAAUAAAAGCAAGGCCCCAAUGGUUCCCUCCAGAACUGGUUAAGUGUGUCGAUUAAGAUAUUAUUUGCAAUAUGAGAUAUUAUAAUGGGUAUAUUUUGUAUAUUUUUAUAAAAUAAUAUAUUUUAAUAUUGAGGGAAAAUCCGUCGGAAAAAUGAGCUACUAACAUUGUUUUUAAUGCAAAAUAAAACGCUUAAUCUGUUGAGAUGUUUAAAUAAUUUUG